AUGAAAUCUGGUAUUACGAUGCUUUUGAGCACGAUCCUGCUGCUGUUCAUCAGCCCAAUUGGGAGCGCUGCCGGAAAUGCGUCACCCAACGAACCCGAAAAGUCAACGGCUAAAGAUGCCGCUGGCGCGUCAGCGGGAAAUGACCUCUCCUAUGCGACCAACCUCUUCGACAACAGCCAACGCCACCACGCCCCCUCACGGGGCUCUCCCUACAACGCGGGACCAAACAAGCAGUUUUGGUCGUGUCAUGAUGAUGGGGAUUUUGAUCUUUUUUGUUACAGUGGCGAAAACGGCGAGCAUCAUUUCCCCUCCAGAGAUAUACGUAAUAGGGGCUACCCUAAUGAGCCUUACCCGCUUUUCAUCUGUGACAAAGGUUUUCGGGGGGCUUGUUGCAAGCGCAAUGCAACAUUCAAUUGGGUAAACUGUAGCAGAGCGUCUGUAAAUCUAAAUCCUUAG